UGUUAACAUUAUAUACCUGUCUACGUCAUUUCUGUAAAGCCACAGCCCAGUCAAUAAAUUGUGCAGUGGUGCCAAUAGGGCAGUGUUGCUAUGUCCCGCUGGACAGUUUACGUAGGCAACCCAGGAGAGAGCGCACCUCUUAACAGCACCUCUGCGCCUUCCUCUUGGACUGUCUGUACGGGCGACCCUGCAAAGAACGAGCCUGCGGAGCCGGAAAUUCCAGAUGUCAUCUCCCAUCUGCCAGAACAUGGGCACUUGUUGUGCAAUCCUUGCAGAAGCGUCGUGCCCUACAAGACGCUCUACCACCACCUCCGCGACUACCACAAAAUCCGAACACUAGUCUGCAAAGCUAUUGUCUCUCGGUACGAUGCGCUUCCGGUAUUGCAAACUGAUGCAGAUGUCGUACCUCUCCCAAGCAAGUCCUGCGCAUUGGAUUUUCUUGCGCCGCCUGAGCGGGGAUACUUCUGCCCGCAGUGCGACUGGACGACUUGUAGUUGGGACAUGAUCCUGCAGCACUUUUGGAAAACAAGGUGCAGUAGAGGAGGAAGGACACGCAAUGACCUGUCCUGCUUCCUCCAACGAUGGCCCACUACUAGACAGAACCUGGGAGGAAGCUGGCGAAUCGAAGAUGCUACCGACACAAAUCGUGGCAGGUUAGGAUCAAGCCGGGACCGAUCUGCAUUAGACGAGCCCGCGACUGCCGCCCUGUUGCAGAUGGAAGCCGAGGAGGAAGCCAGGCUUUCACAGCAAGAUCGAGAAUUGAUGUCCCUAAGCAAUGAGCUCGAACAUGACGAGAAGACCAAUUGGCUGCGGGGUUGUGGCUGGCCACGGUGGUUUGCUCAAAAACCGCUCUAUCUGAUUAUUGCUACCUCUAGAUUACCUCUCUCCACGAAUAGAGCAGUUUACCUCAGCACCUAGAACUGCAGCGAGUGGAUCAGCUGCGCAGAUUUAGAAUCUAGAUUAAGA